AUGCAUAGUCAAUUCUGGCUGGGAGAUUUGCCUGAGUUGAAGGUAUUGGCUUUAAGUGACAAUGAAUUUCAUGGAGAUAUUAGGUGCCCCAAGAAUAUGACAUGCACAUUUCCCAAGCUUCACAUCAUUGACCUGUCUCACAAUGAGUUCUCUGGCAAUUUUCCCACAGAAAUGAUCCAGAGUUGGAAAACAAUGAAAACAUCCAACACAAGUCAAUUUCAGUACGAGGAAAAUUCAAUAUUCUGUGUGUUCUACAAGCCAGGAGGAUAUUCGAUGACAGGAAAGGUUUCUUAUUCGUUCGCAAUGUCAAACAAAGGGAUGGUCAUGGUUUAUGAGACGCUUCAAAAUUCUUAUAGUAUGAUAGCCAUUGAUAUUUCAAGCAACAAAAUCAGUGGAGAGAUACCGAAAGUCAUAGGUGACUGGAAGAAUCUUGUUUUGCUUAACUUGUCAAAUAACAACCUUGUUUUGCAGCAUUCCAUCUUCCUUAGGGAAGCUUUCAAAACUCGAAGCACUUGA